AAAAAAAAAAAAUUAAAAAGAAAUCUUUUUUUUACCAGUAAACAUGGCUUUUAAUAGCUUUCCCGCAGUAAUUGGCUUACAAUUUGAGCAGGAAAUUCCAUUGGGUAAACGAAGAGUCCCAUCUUACGAUGACGACAAAAAUGAUUAUGUACCACCGCUAGAAACGCCCCGAGUAAACUUAGAUGUGAACAAUUUGUGCUCGUGUGAGAAUUGUUGUGUGAUGCCUAGGGAAACAGAAUGCUUAUGUUGCCAUGAUGUGGAUGCAAUUAAAUAUUUCAAGUUGCAGGAUAAGAAAUGCAUCACUGAUCACGAAAACUUCUGUCCUUUCGUUUUAUUAAAAGAUACGUUGUGGACAGCCUUGGUUGCGCUACACGACAGAGAAAGUUGUGGAAUGGCGAAUCGAGAUGACGUACAUGAUAGUACUAUACUUGAUAAACCUGAUGUUGUCAAGAACCUUGGAGUCUGGAGACUAAAGUGUACUGUAUUUGCUAAUCACAUAUUUACAAUGUUCAACUAAUCAAAUUUGACCAUGAAUAUUUCUUUUUCAUAAGUCUUACAGAUAUGCUGCUUAUAGGCAAUUUUGCUGAAUUGUGCACAACAGAUUGGAAAAGAGUGUGAGACGAGUAAUACCAUCAUGUGUUGUGUCGAGGAUACGACAAGACGUAUAUAAAUAUAAUAUAAAACUCAAACUCGUCCGUAGUGUCUUUUGUCUAUUUUUUUUACCGGACGACUCACUGUACCGUAAAAAAGAGACACAAGGUACCAGGAACGAGUUUGAUAUGAAUAAAGAAGUAUAUUAAAUAAGAAUAAAUAUGUUCGUAGUUUUUUUAGUUUAUUUAAUAAAUAUUUCUGAAUAAUUUCCUACUUUGAAGGACACUCUUGCGGAGCUACGCGCAAUGAUAUCUUCCUUUUUCUGCGAAUUUCAGACGUAGAUUUUCCUGAGUUGAGCACGUUUUAAAAUCGUUUUAACAAUAUAUGUGGUAGUGGUCAUAGUUCUUAUUUUUUUAUCACUUCCGACAUGAACUUCUUAUUUGGCUUUAAAUACGCCACUUAAAACAAUGUUAUCUCUUUGCUUUGUUCACCAAUUUUGCAUUUCUUAACAAUAAUAGUAAAAGAAUUUAUGGGACCGAAGUUGUAUCACAUUAUGUCAAUUUAGACUUAUUAAAUUUCACCUUGUUUACGUUGUUGUCAUGGUCCAGUACCGUUAACUGCGUCAGCUAUCAUUUUCUCCAUGUGGAAGUAAAUACAUUUUGGUAAUUACCUUGAAAGAAAUAACAUUCGCGGAAAUUGAU